CUCCAGGGACCCGUUACUUCACGCGUUUUAAUUGAGCCUUACCUGCGAGCCGAGUGUCUCCACAGGUGAUUUAUAUUUUCUCAUCCUGGUCUACACCUCAACUCGCCAUUAUUUUAACAGUAUAGUCUUCAUAAUAACACUAUUUGCCAGCCGAGCCAUGUCGAAGACCGCUGACCACCGAACACACCUCGUUCUUGAGAACUACAUCGGAGGAAAGUUCGUCCCGUGCUCCCGACACAUCGACUCCUACGACCCUUCCACCGGGGAGGUCUACUGCAAAGUGCCCGACAGCGGAACGGAUGAGGUGGAGGCUGCGGUGCAGGCCGCUAGAGAGGCAUUCCCUGAUUGGUCAGCCCGUAGCCCAGCUGAGAGAGGUCAGGUGAUGAAAAAACUGGCUGACCUGAUGGAAGCUCAACUGGAAGAGUUGGCCCAGGCAGAGUCACGAGACCAAGGUAAAACCGUAAUGUUUGCCCGUACGGUGGAUGUCCCGCGGGCGGUCGAUAACUUCCGGUUCUUUGCCUCUUCUGUUCUCCACCACACCACCGACUGUACUACCAUGGACCAUCUGGGCUGUGUCAACUACACCAUCCGUAGUCCUGUGGGAGUGGCUGGUCUGAUCAGUCCCUGGAACCUGCCUCUAUACCUGCUCACCUGGAAGAUCGCUCCGGCUGUUGCUACGGGCAACACGGUGGUUGCUAAGCCCAGCGAGAUGACCUCGGUAACCGCCUGGAUGAUGUGCAAACUACUGGAGGAGGCCGGGUUUCCUCCGGGUGUGGUCAACAUGGUGUUCGGCACCGGCCCGCGGGCGGGCGAUGCUCUCGUGGGCCACCCUGACGUCCCAUUGGUCAGUUUCACGGGCUCCACGGCGACGGCCCAGCGGAUCACAGAGCGCUCGGCUCCGUUCUGUAAGAAGCUGAGCCUGGAGCUGGGCGGGAAGAACCCCGCCAUCGUCUUCUCAGACGCUGACCUAGACCAAGCUGUCACCACCACCGUACGAUCCUCCUUCUCCAAUCAGGGUGAGAUCUGUCUGUGCACCAGUAGGAUCUACGUAGAGAGGAGUAUUUACCCAGAGUUCCUGAAGAGGUUUGUGGCGGCCGCGCGGGAAUGGAAAACUGGUGCUCCCUCCGACCCCGACAACAACAACGGAGCUCUGGUCAGCAGGGAACACCUGGAGAAGGUGCGUAGCUUCGUGACCCUGGCUCGGUCGGAGGGUGCCACGGUGCUGUGUGGGGAGGGCGAGGACCCGCUGGUGCUCCCGCAACGUAACACCAGCGGCUACUUCAUGCGUCCCACCGUCAUCGCCGGCGUAGCUGAGUCGUCCCGUGUGAUGCAAGACGAGAUCUUCGGCCCCGUCGUCUGCGUCAACCCCUUCGACGGUGAAGACGAUGCUGUCGCUAAGGGCAACGGGGUACGCUACGGCCUGGCGGCGACUGUGUGGACGCGUGAUGUCGGGCGAGUGCACCGGGUGGCGAGGAGGUUAGAGGCGGGGCUUGUCUGGACCAACUGUUGGCUGGUCAGAGACCUGAACCUACCGUUCGGAGGCAUGAAGAACUCAGGGGUGGGGAGGGAAGGAGGGAGGGAUAGCUAUCACUUCUUUACGGAGGUGAAGACCAUCACUGUUAAACACUGAGAGGAAAAUGUUUCUGUUGGUGUGUGUGUGGUCUUGUUGUUCUUUCCUCAUUAUCCCCAAAUUAACAUUUGCCACGUCCCCACGAGGACACUUAGGGGUUAGGUUUAGGCUUAGAGUUACAAUUAGGGUUAGGGUUUAGAGGUUAGUCUUUAUUUUAUUUUACCU